AGGCUGGACGAGGCGGAGGGAUCCCUCUGGAAUGUGUCCCGCCGACCCCACCCCGACUCUAUAAGAGCGUUGAUUGGUUCAGAGGCCCGAGAGGCGGUCAGCGAUUGGUCUUCCUCAGGACUCAGCCCCGCCCCUCUGUUGGGCGCCGCUGCGGGAGAGGGAGGCCCCGACAGCGGCCGGCUGGAGUUCGCGGAGGGACUAUCCUCUCGCGGAGGCGGCGGCCGCAGAUUUCCUGGGAGCCCUCCCUCCAUCACCUCCCAUGCCUCUGGGACUUGGCCGAAGAAAGAAGGCACCGCCCCUGGUGGAAAAUGAGGAAGCAGAGCCUGGGCGAGGUGGGCUGGGUGUGGGGGAGUCAGGGCCUCUGGGUGGGAGUGGGGGAGGGGGCCCCCACGUGGGUCUACCUCCCCCACCCCCAUCUCUUCGGCCCCGACUGGUAUUCCACACCCAGCUGGCCCAUGGAAGCCCUACUGGUCGAAUAGAAGGCUUCACAAAUGUAAAGGAAUUGUACGGCAAGAUUGCUGAGGCUUUUCGCCUGCCCCCUGCUGAGGUGAUGUUCUGUACUCUCAACACACACAAAGUGGACAUGGAGAAGCUGCUUGGAGGCCAGAUAGGGCUAGAGGACUUCAUCUUUGCCCACGUCAAAGGUCAGCGCAAGGAAGUGGAAGUGUUCAAGUCAGAAGAGGCCCUGGGGCUCACCAUCACAGACAAUGGGGCUGGCUAUGCCUUCAUCAAGAGGAUCAAGGAGGGGAGUGUCAUUGACCGAAUCCAAGUGAUCAGUGUGGGUGACAUGAUAGAAUCCAUCAACGGGCAGAACCUGCUGGGCUGCCGGCACUACGAGGUGGCCAAGAUGCUCAAGGAUUUGCCCCGAGGCCGCACCUUCACCCUCAAGCUUACAGAGCCCAGGAAGGCCUUUGACAUGAUCAGUCAGAGGUCAGCAGGGGCCCGCCCUGGCUCAGGACCCCAACUUGGCACUGGCAGGGGGACCCUUCGCCUCCGUUCCCGGGGUCCAGCUACAGUGGAGGAAUUGCCUUCAGCAUUCGAGGAGAAGGCCAUCGAGAAGGUGGAUGACCUGCUGGAGAGUUACAUGGGCAUCCGGGACACCGAGCUGGCUGCCACCAUGGUAGAGCUGGGCAGGGACAAGCGGAACCCAGAUGAGCUGGCAGAGGCACUAGACGAACGACUAGGUGACUUCGCCUUCCCUGAUGAGUUUGUCUUCGAUGUUUGGGGAGCGAUUGGAGAUGCCAAAGUUGGGCGCUACUAGGACUCAGAUUGGACUGACUCUGAGGAAAUGUGGGACAGAGUUAACGUGAGCCAGGCCAUGGGGCCUUGGAAGCAAAAAGUCUGGGAGACCAGACACCAGGGGCCCCUCCCAGCACCAUCGUUGCUGUUUAGGGGAGAGAGCACUGAAGAGGUCUUUGUCUGGGGGCCUAGAGAGGAAGGAGGGGUUAGAGAGAGGGGCUGAAUCUGGAUCCAGGCCCCCAGGCCCUCACCACCAUUACCACCACUGGAAUCCAACAUUCCCCACACAGCCAGAGUAGGAGGGAGCACGCCUGACCCUCAAUGCUCUCCAUCUAAUCGGUACAGCCCCUCCCUCCUCAGCCUGGCUGGGGUCCCCAGGGAGCCCCCCUCCUUCCUUUCCCACCUACCUCAGUGUCUAGAUUGGGGGAGGGAGAGUUGGUAAACCUCCCCCUUCUUCCCGCCUCGACUUUUCCACAUCAGCUGCCAAACUGGCCCCACUCCUUUCCCUGGGGCGCCCAGCUCUGUUUCAGGGGGGAGGCUGUGACCUCUGCCGGUUUCCCUGACGCAGGGGAGGGGAGUGGUGACCAGGCAGCCACUUUUUCCUCCCCUCUCCCCAGCUCUCACUCCAGCAAUAAGGUCACCAUCACCACUAUGAGUCUCCCCAGCCCUGUUACCUCUGUAUUUGAACUUGACUGCUGUGAACCCAUCCCCUGUCCUAGGACUGACGUCUCUUAGGUGUCCCCAUGGGUCCCCAACUGCCUUUACUGACUUUGAGGGGGUGGGGCAGGCCUUGACUGGGGAUUUUAUAUUUGAGUUAUCUUUAACAUAAAGAGAUCUCUUGAGUGGAGCUGAGCUGCGUGGCCUAAGGGGUGGGGGGCUAAGCUUGAGCUGGGAAAGAAUGUGUAGACUGAAAUCCAUCCCCUCUGUGCCCUAAAUUGAAUUAGGAGACCUUGGCCCAGCCUCCCCUGACUCCACCCGCCCACUGUUCUGCCUGAUUAGCGCCCAGGCCCUCCCUCCAGACUUCUUUGCAAGGGAAGUUUUCAGUUGUCCUGAAAGUCUGCCUGAGUCUUUACUGUGCCACUAGUUCGGUGGUCCUUUGCCCUCUCUGGGCCUUCUUUUCUUCCUGUGCAAGUUGAGGUUGUAUUUCAGUGGUCUCCAAGGUCCCUUUCAGAGUUUCUUCGCACUUCCUGAAGAGGCAACGACCUUGAGCUCACCCUGACCUCUCAAGCCUAUCUGGGACCCUCUGUCUCCAGACACUAGCCCCAUAGCAGGGGCCUUGUCCCAUCAGGAGUAACACAUUUUUGUGUUUCAGUUUAGAAAAUAUUCUCCAAAACAAUCCUCAGAAGGACCCAUGCAGAGAUAACUUUCCCAUUUUAUAGCUGACCUGGGAAGAGGAGGGAGGAGGGAGGAGGUGGGGACUGGAGGUCAUAUCCGUUGAUUCAAUUCAGCAUUCUUAGUAGGAACAUCUUAAGUUCCCAAGUGCGGCCCCUAAAAUGACACAGUUGAAUAGGCUAGAUGGGAUCUGGGGGAAAGAAACCUGAAACCCUCCUCAGGAUGGUCUCUUUGGGCAAGUUCCAGCAUCAGCAUAUACUUGGUGAGUAACUAAGAUUGCUUCCACUUAGCCUCAGUUUCUCCUUCUGUAAGGUGAUGCAGCUGGACUAGUUAGUUCUAACUCUGGGUCCAAAUCCUGUGGUUUCUAGAAGCCUGGCUCUGGGCCUCAGUUUCUUUCCAGGGCAGACAUAUCCUAAAGGCAGUCUUACCAGCCUUUGAGAGGAGAAUCACCAAGCACCCAUGACUGGACCCUGAAGGAACAGAGGGGCUGGAAGCCAGAACCCUGCCCAGGCCCCGGACCCCUCAGGCCUUGGGCCAAGCUGAUGGAGGAAGAUGCAGGGAGACUGAUAUAAACCUGACAUCAUUGUUUUGACAGUCAGCUCUUCAUCCCUGGGGAGGGGGAGGGGAGCCUCAGGGAAAUGGGCAUCCAUUGGUUGGUGGGGGAGAAAUUAGGAAAACCAGUUUUGACCCCUAGAGUUCCAAGUAGGAACAUAAAGUGAAUUGGAGAGGUGGGGGGAAGAACUGGCUGGGUAAAUGGUUCCAUAGCUUCCCCUGGGGAGUGGGGAAGAGAAGUGGUUCUGGAUCUGGGAUGUGUCUCCCAUUUUGUAUCUGGAUGACUCUUGGUCUCAUCAUGCACUACUUUGUCAGAGUAAGGGGGGAGGAGUGUGUGGUCUUAGGGGUCUAGAAUUGCUGAGAAGUAGGAUGGGCUUUAAGAGGGAGGAGAGAGAAGAAGUUGCAGGGAGGCAGGACUCCUGGGUCCCCUCCCUAGCCCACCCCUUGUCCUCAUCCCAGCUUCGGCCUCCUCAGGGAUUACAUGUUCUUGGGGAUCCGCCUCCAGCCUAAGCCUGACAUAAAUAAAAGAAUGAGGGGGAGCUGUCUCCAAUCUAUCCAUUUCUCCCCCCCACCCAUGGAGAGAACAUUGCCUCCUCUCCUCAACUCGUUUCAGAACUUAUGCCCCCCAAGCUGCAUGCCCUCUCUGUUCCUGGCAUCGAUGCACCGUGCCUGGUGUCCCUAUCCUUGAACAGGGUUGGCUCAGCAGCUAGUCCUCCCCAGCAGAGCCUUGUUCACAAGCCAGGAUUCCCUGAAAGUCCUUGCCCAUCCACGAAGUGUUUGGAGCAGAAGAGAGAUUGGCACCAUAGGCAGCGGGACUGGAUUUGGGAUGAAGGAAUGAGUUUGAAUUCUUCCUUAGUUAUAUACUUUGUGACCAUGAGAAGCUCACCUAACUUCUCUGCCCUGAAUCUGCCUGUUGAAAAUGAGAGAUUUGAACUAGAUCAUUUCUGAGAUCCUUCCCAGCUCUAAAGCCCUUAGUGUCACUGAGAAGUCGGGCAACAGGGUAGAACAAGGAGCUGGGAAGGAGUCCUCUCACCUGGGAUGUCCUGCUGCCUGGAGCCCCAGAGGGAGGGCUGCAGUGGGGAGAGAAAAGGGGAAUGUGUAUCUGAGACUCACAUUUUCCAGUGUUUGGAUUUUCUCAGCAUUAUUAUUGUUAUUAAUGAGAAAAGCAUGAGGGCCCCAUGCCUGAGAAUGGGGGGUAAAGAACUAGGGAGGGGUGGAGGAUGGCUCAGUUUCCUCUCAAUUGGGGAAGGGUUGAUUUAGAUGGUCAGCUUUAAACUUGAUUCUGUGAAGCUCUCUAGGUUUUCUUUGUAGGUCUAGUGGAGGGGAGACCAUGGGGACAGAAGGUCAGACCCCCACCCAAUACCCUAAAAGAACAGAUAGGUGGCAGGCAGGGAUGCCUUGAGUGUGGUACAAUAGGAAAAGGACUGGUAUUGGGAACAGUUCAACUACUGAAUAGCUCUAUGGCCACAGGCAAAUCUACGCCCUUGGAGCCUUAGUUUCCCUAUCUGUAAAGCAAGAAUAAUCUUUUCAUUGCCUACCUCACAGGGUUGUUGUGGGGAAAGCAUUUGGUAAACUUCAACCUGCUCUA